AUGGCGGCGGCGGCGGCAGCGGGGGCGGUGGGCGAGCUGGAGCUGCGGGCGGCCAUCGGCUUCAACGGGCAUAUAAUCUGUGGCCUCGUCUGCCACCCUGAUAAGGAGCACAUUCUCUAUCCCCUGGGCUGUACCGUCGUUAUUCAAGAGCUGGACAGUAAGAAACAGACCUUCUUGCGUGGCCACACCGAUAACGUCUCCUGCAUCGUCGUGUCCAAGGACGGGGUGUACGUUGCUUCUGGACAAGUCACAUUCAUGGGCUUCAAGGCAGACAUCAUUCUCUGGGACUUCCAGAAGGAGGAGUUACUUGCUCGGCUGUCGCUGCAUAAGGGGAAUGUUGAAGACCUAGCAUUUUCUCCCAACAGCCGUUACCUCAUAUCGCUGGGAGGCCAGGACGACGGCAGCGUGGUUGUGUGGGACGUUGCUAAGAGAGAGGGCGUCUGCGGGAGCCCUGCCUCGCCACGCAGCGCGGGGAAUGCGACCGUCGUGGUGUGCUCCAGCUGCAGAGACGAGAUGUUUGUUACUGCUGGAAAUGGAACCAUUCGAGUAUGGGAGCUGGAUCUAGCAAAUAGGAAAAUCCGACCAACUGAAUGCCAGAUAGGGAAAGUGAAAAGACUGAUGAUGUGCGUUAGGAUGGCAGAUGAUGAUAAUGUUUUUUAUGUUGGCACAUCAAGUGGUGAUAUCCUGCAAGUGAAUACACACAACAAGGUGAUGACUGAAUAUGGGCCCCAGAAGAAGAAGUUUAGCUCGGGAGUCACAGCUUUGCUUGUGCUGAAGACAGGAGAUUUAAUAGUCGGCACCGGAGGAGGGGUUGUAGCUCUCUGUAAAGGCUCAAACUACAAAAUAAUGAAGCAAAUUCAAGUUCAUGGUGCUGUCACUUCCCUGACACGUAGAGGUCAGGGUCACCAGGUCUUCGUAGGGACAAAUGAGUGCCAGAUCUAUCGAAUUAACUACACUGAGUUUAAAGAGGAGCUGAUUGCUGCCUGUCAUAACGAAGCCGUCCACGACAUUGUUUUUCCUUUUGGAUCUUCCAAAGUGUUCGCUACCUGCUCCAAAAAUGAUAUUCGAGUGUGGCACACCCCCGAAAACAGGGAGCUCCUGCGCAUCAUCGUCCCCAACGUGACCUGCCAUGCCAUAGAGAUUAUGAGGGAUGGCAGGAGCAUCAUUUCAGCUUGGAAUGACGGUAAAAUCCGUGCCUUCACACCAGAGACUGGCCGGCUAAUGUAUAUGAUUAACCAUGCCCAUAGCUUGGGAGUGACGGCAAUUGCUGCUACAAGUGACUCGAAACGGAUCAUUAGUGGAGGAGGUGAAGGGCAGGUGAGGAUCUGGGAGAUUGGUGAGAGGACUCACAAGCUGGUGGAAGUUCUGAAGGAGCACGUGUGUGCUGUGUCCUGCAUUAAGAUUAAGAAGAACGACCAAGAGUGUGUCACAACCAGUCUCGAUAGAACGUGCAUCAUCUGGGAUAUUGUGCGUUUUGUAAGAAAGCAAAUGUUUCUAGCCAACACAUUGUUUAAAUGUGUGUGUUACCACCCCGAAGAGUACCAGAUAAUCACCAGUGGAACAGACAGAAAGGUUGCCUACUGGGAAGUGUUUGAUGGCUCUCCCAUCAGAGAAGUGGAAGGGUCUGUUUCGGGUACCAUCAAUGGGAUGGACAUCACAUCAGAUGGGGUGCAUUUUGUCACAGGUGGUGAUGACCAUCUGGUGAAACUGUGGAACUACGAUGAGGGCGCAGUGACUCAUGUUGGAGUGGGCCACAGUGGCAACAUCACCCGUCUCAAGAUCUGCCCUGAGAAGAAGUACAUCGUGAGCGUGAGUGCAGACGGUGCCAUCCUGCUCUGGAAAUACCCGGACUUGCGCUGAGAGCUGGCACAGGAGCUGCUAAGCUGCUACUUCCUCGGCCAUCCUUUUCUCUUGCCACUCAAGUUGUUUUAAAGCAUUUGUACUAUUAGAGGAGAUACUAUUUUUAUUCUCUCUGGUAUGCAUUUACCACAUCCUUCAGAUAUAUCCUUUCUCCCAGUGAAUAAAUAGGUUUGAUUUUUUUUUUCAGGGGGGCUAAGAAUUUUCUGUUGCUUUUAGAUUGGUGUGAAAGGAUUCGUCACUUGUGAAAAUCAUCUUAGCUGUUGUUAUGACACUUGGGUGUUGUUACUGCCACCUUUCCUGGUAGUCUCCUAGCGUAGUCUUACUCGUCUGUCUGCUCAUUUGUGGGCUCUCUCUUGCUUUCACGUGGUCUCUCUUUCUCUUCCCUACCCCCUUCUGUCCCUUCCUUUAAUGAAUAACUUGUUGUGUAAAUUCAGUCUUCUGUGUUCAUUUUCAUUUGUCUGGUCCUGAUUAAGGAAAAAGCCCUCAGCUCCAACUCGGGCGUUUGACUGGGAAGCUCUUCAGAGCGAAGCUUUUAAAUCACUGUUCUCAAAGGAAUACAAGGAUGUCAGGGCUUCUUCAUUUGCGGUGUCCAAUUUAAAACUCUCUGCAGGGGCCUGGUUUUCAAGAGUGAGAGUGCAGUCAUUUCUAAAAAUGCCUGCAUGUUUCCAGCUAGACACACUCAGA